AUGUUAUCGUCAACCCGUCAGUGGCUGCGACGCAAUCGCACCACCUUUGCAAUCGGUGCUGGCGUUCUGGCUGCCAGCUAUGGUGUUGCUCAAUAUGCCAUCGGCAAGUUGUCUGAGACACGGCAGCGCAUGAGCGAUGAGCGCAUCGCGAAAGAGAAUCUUCGUCGCCGCUUCGAGCAAAACCAGGAGGACUGCACAUUCACCGUCCUUGCCAUAUUACCAACCGCGGUCGACAACAUAUUCGAAGCACUGCCGGUUGAGCAGUUGCUGGAGGAACUGCAGCAACAGAGAGCGGAGAGGCUAGCGAAGAGUGUUGGGCCGUCCGAAAUCUCCACGGCCGACCUUCCAUCCGCUCCGCCGAGCACGGUUGACAAUGGAGACGAGAAGAGUCUAGCCAGUGAGAGCUUCGUGCAUACCAGCCAGAUGGCUGAAACGGCCCCCGAGGCGUCACCAGCAAAGUUACACCCAGCCGCGAUGAAACCGAAGAAGAGCAAGGCGCAGCUAUGGAACCAGAUGAAAAUCGACUCCAUAUCACGAGCUUUCACGCUGAUAUACACUCUCGCUCUCCUCACCCUGCUUACGCGCAUACAGCUCAAUCUUCUCGGCCGCAGGAACUAUCUUGCCAGUGUGGUCUCGCUUGCCUCGCCUCCAGGUGCGGCGUCAAAGAUCAGCCUGGAGAAUCAUGAUGACGACAACUUUGAGAAUGCGUAUGGAAACGAUUUCGAGACGAACAGAAAAUAUCUCUCGUUCAGCUGGUGGUUGCUGCAUCGAGGCUGCAAAGACGUCAUGGAGAAGGUUGUCGAGGCUGUGAAGGAGGUGUUUGGGCCGCUCAACCCCCGUGAAGAUAUCACACUGCACAGGUUGUCUGAGCUCACUGUCAUGGUUCGAAAAAAAAUUGAAGGCUUCACUGAUGCCGACAGAAAAAAUCAAAAAUGGCUGAAAUACCUCCUUCCCCCCGCAGAUCAAGAGAUUUAUCUCCUGCAAGCAGCGGGCAUGGUGUCUCCUUCAGACCCGCCCUCAAACCCUCCCAUCACCCCGGCGCUACGACGACUCCUUGAUGAAACGUCUGAUCUGAUCGACUCCCCAGCUUUCGCUCAUGUUCUAACCUUGCUCCUUGACUCAGCUUUCUCCCUUCUCAUUGAUACAAAAAUAGCAACAUUAGCAUACAAGAUAGCGCCCCCAUCGGCAAAUGCUGACCGUGUAGUCGAGAUAGUUGGGCCUGGCACUGACGUGAGGGCAAAAGUGGCAUCUACCUUGGCAACAUUCUCACGACAAGCUCAUAGCAUCGGCAGCGCCAGUGGGAACACUAAUGAAUACCUCUCCGCUAUGGAGAGCGUCAGGGAUCUUGAGGCCUUUGCUGCAGUUGUAUACAGCAGCAACUUUGAAGCCGAAGCUCCAGAGCUGGCAGAAAAUGUUGAAGCCUCUUGGCACCAAGUCAGACCGGACAGCGUGGUGACUGCGGAAGGCACAAGCACGGAGGGUGUCACGCCUAUGCCAAGCGCACAGCUGAAGGCAACAGAAGUUUCAGAAACCGUUCCAGAAGUAGGAGAAGCAGAUCUGGAGAAGGCUUGGGGGAAGGCUACGACAGAGACGAAGCUGUCAUGA